CCGUCGCCGCCCGCGAAAAGUGAAGCUAUCGCGACUUUUCGAUGGAGGCACCGCCAAUUGACCCAACUGCCCCUGCACAGUUGGAAGAGUACGAUAUACCCAACCAGCCGCAUCUCGCACCGGUCGCGACGAUUGAAGAGCUCCAGGAGCACCUGCAGGCCCACGCGCGCGAGCACGGCUUCGCUGUGAUCCGACGGAACGCCGGCAACUACCGAGGGGAGCCCAGACUGCCCCCGCGCUUCAAGAUUGCCUGCGACCGCGAUACCUCCCGCCAGCCUCGUGGCUUCGGCACCCGCACUACGUCCACUCAGAAGAACAAUUGCCCCUAGUAUGGAGUUGCUUCCGCCCGAGCUUCCGACGAUUGGCAGUGGUCUUUUACUCUCAAGCACGCCACCCACAACCACGCACCUUCCUUGGACCCCUCAGUCCACAAGCUUCACCGGAAGCUUACCACUACGCAGCAAACCCUUCUCGAGACCGUCUCCAAGCACAAAGCCAUCAAAUCACGUGAGGCAGCUACUAUCGUUCGAGAUGCCGUCCCUGGGUCCCUCGUCAAGCAGAAGGACAUCGACAAUGCCCGCCAGCGCCUCCGCC